AUGAUUCGUUCUCUAUUGAGACCAAUCCACCUCCUGAACUUACCAGUCGAGCUUAUAUGCUAUAUUCUUGACAACCUUGAAAUCCCCGAUCUCGUUCAGUGCACCUUGUUUUCCAUUGAAUUGGCCAAGCACCGAUUAGUUUCGUUGCUGCCAGCCUCGGCCUCCCCGCCGUUCUCGACCCGCCUCCAGCUUCUCAGAGAACGAGAGCGAGCAUGGAGGUUUAUGGAGUGGAAACAGAGACAUACUCUCAAACUCCCACCCACUGGUUCGGUGUAUGAGUUUGUUGGUGGCUUGUACGGAAAUGGGCGGGAAGAUGACAGUAGGGUCACAGCAUCUAUUUCCUUCCUGGAACUUCCCUCGUCAGAUACACCAAUGGACCCCCCAAACCUCAAAACGUGGACUCACGCAAUGGGGGAUGUUAAUAUCAUCGAUUUUACGAUGGAUCCUUCACAGGAUCUCCUCGUCCUUGUCGCCCUUGCGCCACCAGAAUCAAAGUUUGUUUACGAACUACAUAUUCGUUCGAUCACAACGAAUCUGCCACACCCCAAAUCUCCGUUGUCCGUGCUUCCAUGCCUCGUCAAACCCUCAGCACCCCCCCCACCGUCAGAAGUCAUUGCAGCUGUUCGUGUGCAGGUGGCAGGAGAUCUUGUUGCCUUGCUGAUCAAAGAAGUCCUGGACAGCGCUGGCGCCCAUCUCGAAAUAUGGAACUGGGAACAUAGCCCACAAUUUUCGUGCAAAAUGUCCAGACUAUCCGGAAUCGACGAUUUUACCUUCCUGACGCACAACGCGUUCCUCCUCGUGAGGCCUACGGGCCGAUUUGAAGUUUACAACUUUGAAGACCCCCUCUUCUGCAGCACUACUCCCAUCAUGCGCAACACAUUUGCAUUUCCUCAGCUCUCGGACGGUUACAUGUAUUGGUAUAUCUCGAUGAGCAGCAACCCUGCACCUGGUUACAUACCUCGUGCAUCUUCAUCCGACAAUCUUACUGGCAAGCAAUUAUACUACCCUCGCCCAGAGGAACGUGUUCAUGCAUGCUGUUUGUAUAUUUUCAAUCCCGCGGCCGAAGAAAAUCAUCACGUUCACUCAUUUGUGUUCUUCCUGAACAUCGCCACACUCCUCAAUCCACCUGAAGAAUGGUUCCAGAUACAACCCCCACCCACUUACAUGGGUUCGGAACCCAGAUUCACCAUCGGACCGAGAUUCCCAGCACAACCUCAAGGCUCACCCUCACCUACCACCGACAGCGAAUCGAGUGCGUCCUCGAGCUCCGCGGCGUCAUCAAAUGGCCUCUCUUCCAUUGAUAUUCCAAUAUAUGGGCUUCCGUCAAGCUCCACCCCUUCCUCGUCGACAUCCUCGCUUAUUCCGAUCAUUGGCCCCUCCCCGUCCUCGUCAUCCAUACAACAAAUCUUUACAACCCCGAUAUAUCCCCCAUUUCCCAGUUUCUCCUCCACCAUCGAUCUAUCUCAGGUAAACGGGGCAACCCACUACCCGUUCCCAAACCCAGGUGUGACCCUAGCCCCUCUAACGGCGCCUGUACCUGCGCCUGCUCCUCGAAGACAAGGCCCCUUUCGACACUCCGCCACAAGCCAUAACAUGAAUGUUACUAUACCCUGGGAGGUCUGGGGCCCACAAAAUACACGCUGGUUUGAGGAAUGCCUAAGUACGGACUGGCAACAUGCGAUCUAUGGACUUCGGACCGUGGAGAGCGUGAGUGUUGCAAAAUGGCCGAAUCUGCAUGGAGGGAAAGGACCUUCGCCCGCUGGAGACGGAGCUGAGGUAGGUAGUGAACAACCUGCGUUGAACGGGCACGCUGCUCAAACGAACGGACAUGCUCCCUCCCCAUCAUCAUCAUCAUCACUUUCGGACGAGGGACCGAUAGCAGCACACCCAGAUUUGGAUCUGGAAGCAGAGGACGGAGAGCCCGCUCGUCCUGAACAACGGCGUUUUUUGCGUAUCAGGGAUUUCAACCCUUACUCCCUGUCGCAAGCUGCUCAAUUAGACGCCCAAGAGGGCUCGACAACAGACAAAGGGAAGCACAGAGCGCGCUGGCGUCAACCACGACUGGUAACUGAACCCUCGACGACACCCGUCAAGGGUGUGUUCACGAAGGAUAUCAUUAGCUCGCUGCCUUACGUGGAGGUUGUCAGCGAACAGACGUUUGAAGUGACAGAUGUGAUGAUGGAUGAUUGUCGAAUGCUUCUUCUGAAACGCGGACAGGCGGGGAAACUCAAACGUGUCGAUGUGCUAAUGAUGUAG